AAGGACAUCAUUUAUUCAGGUUACAGGGGUGCUAACUGCUAACUUUGUGUGCACACACGAUUUUACAGCUGUGUUGCUUGCACAUUACAAUUUGGAUGUGUUACAUGCAUGUUACCAUUUGGUCAUUGCCAUAAAACCUCCCCAGGUUCCCAAACUCAGUCCUUGCUUUGGCUAUUGCCGCAUUCCUGAGCCAGAUGUCUUCUCCUCUUCCAGUUGUCCUUGCUGGCAGAGCAGAUUUUGCAUGCUUUAUUUCUCAGCUGAAUGUUCACAGGCACAGGAGAAAUUGAGUGAAGCCUCACAGCACCAACUCCCCCCUUUGAACCUUCUCUACUUCGGCAAGAUGAUUUGGGUUUGAUUCAUGUGCUCAGCCCUUCCACUGGACUGCAGUCUCCAUGGAGUGUGUACAUCCCAGUUUAUACCCAACUCCUACUAAGCUGCUGAAGCACUUCAGAUACAAAGUGGGGUUCCCCAUCAGGUGACAUCCCUGUAGGCACUGCAAACUGGGUAUGACCUCUUUGUGGAGCACCUUGGUGACCUCCCUGGCCUUGUUGGUGCAGCAGGAGAAACUUUUAUUGGGUGGCCAGAAGCUAUCUGCCAACACUAGGAGAUACCUGUCUCCUUGUUGGUGUGGCAGCUCAGAAAAAUCAAUUUGCCAAUAAUCCUCUGGAUUGUUUCCUCUUUUAGUGAUCCCUGGGGGAGGUCCUUUGGAAUUCAAACAAUUAUUUUUAAGACAUAGUGGGCAUUUUUCUGUAAUAGAUCUGACAAUUUUUGUCAUAUGAGCACUCAGUAUCUGAGUCUGCAGACUGAUCACCACAGCAUGGAUUCCUUUGUGGGUCUGCUGGUGUUUGUCCUUUACAAUUUGUAACAUAAGUUGUGAUGGAACUGUGACCUGGUUAUUGGGAGUAACCAGUCACACAUCCUCUUUAUUCUGGGCUUUUAGGUAAGCAGCUAAUUUUAAAUCUGCCUGACUAUACCCAGGGCUACCUUCUGGUAGUGAAAUGGCUUUCUCAGGGCUAAAUGGCUUUCUCAGGUAUUUAAUGCUAGGAUGCCUCGUUGUGCAACCUCUCAAGCAGCUUUACCUGCAAGUCUAUUUAUUUCCCACACAAAUUUGGGAAUCCCCACACUGGUGUGCCCUGCAGUGUAGCAUGGCCACUUUGGGCAGUUGGAUAGCAUCGAGAAGCAACAGUAUUUCUUGUUUUUAUUUAAUGGGAGGGCCUUGUGCUGUUAAUAGGCCUCUUUCCCUCCAUAUACCCCACAGGCAUGGCAUAUAAAAUUGCAAUAAAAGCAUAUUUCAAAUUGGUCCAUAUGUUUGCUCUUUUUCCUGCUGCCACUCCCAAGGCUCUCUGCAGUGCUGUGGGUUCUGCCCUUUGUGCUGAGCUGUCCAUGGGCAGCAGUGCAGCUUCUAUUAUUUUGGUUGAUGAAUUUUCUGCAUAGCUGGCUUUUCACCCUCUUGCACAAGGCUACUUCUGUCCAUGAAGAACUCUGCUGGAUCUCCAUUUUGUGCAUUUUGUAGGUCUGGCCAACCAGCACAAACCUUCUCAAUUUUCUGUAAGCAGUCAUGGGUCAGUGGCUCUUCUCCUUGCAUUGGGGUGUCCAGGAAUUGGACUGGGUUUACUGCUGUGGUUCCUUUAAUUUCCACAUCCUCUUGCUCCAGUAGAACAGUCUGAUGCUUCAGCAUUUGACUCAGGGAAAGCCAAUGCUCCCCUUUUGUCCUGAUACAGCAUUCAAACUGUGCACUAAAGUCUUCUGUCCCAAAUUCCUGGCCUCUUGGACGAGAAAAGUCUCAGCUAUGGCUGACAGGCACCAGGGCCACCCAUGGCUGACUAUUUUUAGUUGUUUCCAGAAGUGCCCCACGGGCCUCUUGAAGUCUCCUACCUUCUGAGCCAGAGCUCCAAGGGUGAGGGCUGCUCUUCAUGCACAAAAAGUUCCCAGGGUUUGUUAAGUCUGGAAGUCCUAAGGCAGGUGCAGAUAUCAGGGCCAGCUUUAGGUUACAGAAUGCAAGUUCACCAUCAGGAGUUCUAAUCAAAGGUCCUUCCAAGGCCUCCUUUAAAAGCUCAUAUGAUGGUUUGACCAAAAUUCUGCAAUUUGAGACCCACAAUCUGCAUCAUGCAGCCACACCUGAGGAUGCUGAUAAAUCUUGGGCAGUCCCAGGUUGGAGUACGUGGCACAGGGCUUCUUCUCUGUCCAUUCCCAACUCCACUGUUCUGGUACUGAUUCAAAUCCUAGGCAGGUACCUUGCUGCCUCAUGAUUUAAGUUUUUUCCUGAGACACUUGGUAACCUCCUUGGCCUAGGAAAUUUAGAGCACUCACAGUCACUUCCAUAUAUGUUUCAUUAGGUUCAGUUGCUAGUAAGAGAUCAUCAGCAUACUGCAGGACCAACCCUUCUGCGUUCUCUUUUUUCCAGACCUGCAAUUCUUUUGCCAGCUGGUUCCCAAAAAUCAUUGCACUGUUUUAUAUCCUUGCAGUAACACAGUCCAGGUAAACUGAGUCUUCUGACCAGUUUGGGGGUUUUCCCAUUCAAAGGCAAAAAUGCCCUGACUUGGCUUAUCAAGAGGUAUGCAAAAGAAGGCAUCCUUCAAACCUAUCACUUUAAACCACCAGUGAUUUUCCCUGAUAUUUUCUUUAAGGCUCUUGAUUUCCCUGAUUUUAAAGGAUGCAAUUUCUGCCCAACCAGUCUUGAUCCAUUUUUUAGGGAAACACUUACAGGCUGAGCUUGUUGGGAAUAGCCUGGAGCUCCACUGGCUCAAACCAGGGAUGUUACUGCAUUUUCUCCUGCUUCUGGGUAUUCCUCCAGAACUGUGUGGUUCUGGUGUUCCCUGCAACAUAAAAGUCCUUCCUUUGAUGGCUUUAGUCUCAGGUACCAAUAAUUGUAUUUCUCCAUCUUUAAAUACAAUCUGAGCCUCCAAUUUGCUUAACAGGUCUCUUCCUAAAAGAGGAACCACACACUCAGGCAUAUAUAGAAAUCAGUGUAUUAUCCACUGUUUUCUGAAUUUAAUGGGGUUAAAGAAUGUUCAUUUUUCCACUACUCCUGUUGCACCAACAACAUUUGCAGUUUCUUGGCUUAUUUUUCCCUGGUUUGUAUUUAAUACCAAGUAAGUGGGCAGUGUCUAUUAAAAAGUCAAUUUUCCACUUCGUCAGCUUUGUGGUAACCAGGGAUUCAGCUGUGGAUUCUGUCCCUGGUUCCCUUCAUCCCUGGAGGAGGGGUAGGUCUGUUCCCUCUGUCCCCAUCUGCCUCUGGGGACAUUCCUGUUACCAAUGCCCAAACCAUCUACAAUCUGCACAUUGAUUCACUCCUGGGGACUCAAACCCCUCUAUUGACAAAUGGAGGGAGUGCCCACAUGGAACAGAAAAAGGGGUGAAUAAAUGCUAGAUAUUUAACUGUCCUCCCCCCCUCCAACAGAACAAAACACCCAAAAUUCUAUAGAAAGAAAAAACCCCAAAACAGCUGGCAACAUGGUAGGAAAAGGUUUUUAGGGGUUUUCUCCUGUCUCAAGGAAAAAAACCCUAAAAAACAAGGGGUUCAUGCAGAAGCUUGACCAAAAUCAGAUGGGAACCUGGUGAGUCCCUGGUGUUGGUCUCCUCUUCACAGCAGCUGAAGGGGGUGGAUUUGGUGUCCUUUCUGCUGCUGGCUCAGAUGUUCUGAGGUCAGGGGCUGAGAUGGAGCAGCCUUCUCUGGCCGGUUCUUCUCCCACUGGUCAUUCUCUCUGAUCUCAGACCAAAACCAAACUGUACAGUUCACUUUGAGGAAAGCUACCAAGUGAUCACAGCCUCUCCAAGGACAGGGAAAAGGAAAAAACUUCUUGCCUGAGCUAACAGAAACCAAGCAAAAAAGAAAAAAAGAAUGCAGACUGCACAGCACCACAGAUGCCUGGGGAGUGAUGCUUUGAAAAAACCCAAGGAAGAGGGGCUCACCCUCCCACCCCCCACCAGAGCCUUAAAGGUACAGCAACCAUUUUGAGCACAAAACAGAUGAUCAGGGAAUAAAUUAUAAUCAUUAAAUCACCCAAGAUGCUGGUUACUUUCAAACCAGCACAAGCAUCAAAAAAUGAAGUUACUUGAGUAGGAAUAACAAUAUGGGAUUUUUGCAAGUGUUGCUCAUAUUUGGAUGUAAGAGGAAUAGGCAUUUUAAACAUGCAUUGGUGGCCUAUUCCAGACAAUAUGGGAUACCACUGCCUUAACAGAAAUCAAGCUAGAAAAGCUUAACCCUGUAAAUAGAAAGAAAUACACACCUGUAUUUGGGGAAUAUUUGGACUGCAGUUCCAGAAAAGUUCUCAAAAGGAUAGCUGGCUACUCCAGCUUGCUGCCUACAUGGUGCUGAUCACCAUUGUUAGUAGUAGUUGGGUACUAGGUAACUUCAGUUUCAUUAGUGAUUGCUGUGUUUUUGAUGUCUUUUAAGUUUCUUUUUACAGACUGCUAUAAGUUUGUUGCUGGCAAAUUUUACUGAAAGUUGUUCCCCACUGACCUUUUCCUCUUUCCUUGGGUGUAGUUCCUUGGGAUCUCCCUGAAACCUGGUUGGUGGGAGGGAAAAGGGUGAAAAUCUGGGAUAUGUAAAUUUAGUUGGGUUGUGGUGGUACCUGGACCUGUAAGGGUAUGGCUCUGAAAAGCAAGGCAGCCUUAGUUGAACUCACAAACCUUAUGAGUCCAACAAGUAGGAAAAAAUAGUUUUGUAAAAUUGUCUAACAUUCAAGAAUGCUGAACCUCACCAAAGAAGACUGUUAUACUGUCUCAGGUUACAAUGUAAGAUGUAAUCAAAAGUAUGUAUUAUAUCACCUUCUUUAUUAGCUGUUAAAAGCAGGUGGGGCAGUGUUCUUUAUCUCUUCCAGGACUCAUCCCUGAUAACUCCCUCUGGGGGGUUAUCUUCUGCUAAUGGGCUAUUAAGUGUCCCUGCAUGGCUGAUAAAAUUCCAUCAUCCCAUUGUGAGAUGCUCCGCCCAGGGGGAGGAGCCCAGCAUUCCAAACUGGAUAUCAUGUGAGCUGUGGAACACCACAGGCAGCUUUACCUACUGGACUCCCAGAGGAGAAGAACCACAAAGCCACCCCUGGACCUUCAGAGGAAGACCAGACCCUUCUCCAGGAUCCCUGCUCCACCAGAACCACACCUGUCACUGCAGGAGGACUGCAGCCACCAUUUAAUUGGAUUGCUGCCACCACUCUGACCCACAGGGUGCCAGGUUAUACCCUGACUCAGUCCAAGCCUUUUCUGCCUUUAUUUUCUAACCAGCAUCAGCUGAUGGCAGAGGAGAGCAGUGUGUGCAGCUUUGUGUUCAAGAAGCGGGUCCGAGCCGUGGGCGGCGGCCGGCGAAAACAUCCCAGCAGUGAGCAGGACAGCAGUGGGGAGGAGGGCAGCACCGUGGUGAGGAAGAAGCUGCCCAGGGACACCCCCAACCCCAUGAUCCAGAGGACCAGGAGCUGCAUGAAGGAGAAGCCGGAGUAUGCACAGAGCAACAGCGAGGAUGAGGAUCCUGCCAAGGAGAUCGGGGUCACCUACAAAUCGACCAGGUCAGCAAAACCUGCUGGCCCGGAAGACAUGGGGGCCACAGCAGGGUAUGAACUGGACACGGAGAAGGACAAGGAUGCCCAGGCCAUCUUUGAGCGCAGCCAAAGAAUCCAGGAGGAGCUGAGAGGAAAGGAAGACGAUAAAAUUUACCGUGGUAUUAACAAUUACCAGAAGUACCUGAAGCCCAAGGACACAGCGAUGGGAAAUGCCUCCUCAGGGAUGGUCAGGAAAGGCCCCAUCCGUGCUCCGGAGCACCUGCGGGCCACGGUGCGCUGGGACUACCAGCCUGACAUCUGCAAGGACUACAAAGAGACCGGGUUCUGUGGCUUUGGGGACAGCUGCAAGUUCCUGCACGACCGCUCGGACUACAAGCACGGCUGGCAGCUGGAACGGGAGCUGAACGAGCGCCGCUACGGCACCAGCGACGAUGAGAACUACGAGGUGAGCAGUGGUGAGGAGGAGGUGCCCUUCAAGUGCUUCAUCUGCCGAGGUUCCUUCAAGAACCCCGUGGUCACCAGAUGUGGGCACUACUUCUGUGAGAGCUGUGCCCUGCAGCACUACCGCAAAUCCCAGCGCUGCUACGUCUGCGGGAAGCAAACCAGCGGCGUCUUCAACCCUGCAAGAAAGCUCAUGGCAAAAUUGGAACCCCAAGACUCAAACAUUUGAGAAACACCAAUAGGAGAAUGAUGGUUUUUUUUUAAAUUGAGAUGGUUUUGAGUUGAAUAGUUUCUUGUUUGUAGUGUUGAGUUGUAAUUUGUAGAUAUAUUUGGGAUAUGAGGGACUUAAGGAUUUUAUCUAUUUAAGGACAUGGGUCACAAACCCCAAACUAAGACAAGCUGUUUAUUAUGUUGUUUUUUCUGACAGUUCUAAAGUUGAAUUUUUUCUUGUUUGUAGUGUUAAGUUUCAAUUUGUAAUUCCUGCAGCAUGCUAUCCUGAAAGAUUGUAUUGCUGGAUGUUUGACAGCUCCUGGAUGAUACAUGAGAUGCAUCCCUGCCUAGGGGGGCUGGGCUUGUCCACUUGGGUGGAAAGCCUUAUUUGACCUGGGCUUAUCAUCAGUGACAUCAUGCUGGCCUUGUCAUCCUGUUUGUCACAUUGCAGCUGAUCUGAAACCCAACCAUCCUAAAAGGAAACAACUCCCUGGGUGAACAAGGAUAAGGCUGGAUUCAAAUCUACACAGGGACCCUCAGCCAAUGUCAUUCAGCCCUAAAUGCAGAUGUGUCAUUAGCCAGAGAGCUGGAUGGUACUCAAUGAAUCACAUGUGUAAGCUUGGGAAGUUUGCAGCUCCUGUAAAAGGAGCUGUGAGAAUAAACUUGAGGUUGUUUUUCACAAGAACCUUUGAGAGUUGUGUUGUUUGUAUGUCUCUGAUGAAUGACCCACCAUAACACUGUCUGCAAAGGGCCCUGCAGAGGAUGGCAAAGAACACUUUGCCCUUUUUAAACAGAGGAAGGGGGAACUGUCACAGCCACAGCUGGCCUGUGGGCUGUACAGAUAAAUCGGCCAUAACAGACCCUAACUUGACCAGUCUAGCUGUUACAGAGUAGAAGUAAAUGAGUCUCCAGGAUAAGACAAUCAUAGGCUGGAUUUGAACUCAAACAGGGACCCCAACCAAUCUCAUUCAAGCCUCAAUACAGACUGCUAAGUCUGCAGUGAGCUGGGUGGUGUUAAGACCUUGGCCAAUCAGAUGUGUAAGCACAGGAAUUUUGAAACCUCUAUAAAAGAAUUAUUGGGAAUUUUUUGAUAUUAUUUGUAAGUUUCGCAAAUUGGCAUAACUGACAAGAAUCCCCUGUUAGAAGUACAGUUACUGAAGUAAUUCCCCCUCUUGGUUUGGCCCCCUACUGAAGCCUCCCAUUUCCUUCUAGCUCCACAUUGUUUAUAUCUAAAUACAUGGGAAAGUAAAAUGGCUUUUGUUCACUGAAGAAGCAAGAUUAGCAUAGGA